AUGGAAUCGUUUGGUUUUCAAAUGGUUAUCCUACUCUUCAUGUUGGACACUUUUACAGCUUUACCUUCAUCUUCAAUAGGAUCAUCAUCAUCUUUGUCUUCUUCGUCAACCUCGUCACCUUUACCUUUAGCUUCUUCCCUGUCGGCUACAGCAAUAGCAUCAAGUUUAACCUCGGCUGCUUCCGAGGCUUUCCCAGGAUUAACUUUUGAACCUCAUGUUGAACCAAACAACCUUACUGGUUACAUUGAGGCUCUUCACUCGGUUCCUGAUCAUGUAUUUGACAAUGCGGCCAUCAUUGCUGCCAUGGAUUCUGAUGACUUUAACCGUGACAUGUACUCUAGAAGUGGACUCUCACCUCAGCGGAGUUCAUCUACAGCUCGAAUAGGUGAACUUUAUUCGCCCGAAGAAAUGUAUCAGGAAGAAUUUUCACCUUCUCUUCUUGACUAUGCAAGCAGUAUGAAUAGAAAUACCAAGACCAAUGAAAAUAAAUAUCAACCAACUUUUGGAUUUCACCAACCAACGGGUAAACAACAUUCUCUGAUGGGCUUCAAUUACAAUGAACUAUUUCCAGGAACUAGUAACAUGGGACCAAACAACUUGAUCAACAACAACAAUAAUAAUAAUGGACCUUAUAAUGGAGUUCAUUUGAUUAGUAAUCUUGUUCCCAAGCAAAAUGGUUACUCAGACAAUGGACGGUCAACCAAGACAUCAGCUCCUUACAACGCUGCAAUUCAAACAUCACCUUCUCAGUCACAACAUGUUGCCAAUUCAGGCCAGGACAGUAAAAACAUUGACAUUGAUAUAAAUACAAUUAGAGGAAUUUUAUUCCAAGUAUUGAAACAUCUUGACUCGCAAGAGUUGAGCAAAAAUCUAGACUCUGCUAAAGGUAUUUCAAGUCAAGCCAACUCGGGUCACCAUCAACAGUCAACAUACCAACAACAACCAGCCAAGAAACGUACAUCAACAUUGAACCUCUACCAACCCGCAGUGCAACCCUAUUCAUCAUCAAGUUACACCAAUGGUCAAUCAACGGGCAACAAUGCUCCUCACCGACACCAACAAUAUCAACAAUAUCAACAACACCAGCAACACCCAAGCACCAAUUAUGGCAACAACAACAACAACAACAAACAGUCUUACAUGUCCCAUGUACCCUUGGCUUAUACGGGUAAACCAGUGACUUCAUCUUCAUCUUCAGCCUCAUCUUAUUCCUCAUCGAUAUCCAAUGAUCACAACCAGGAAAGACCAAAGAACCCCAAUCAUUCAGUUGGCUAUCCAACAACAGUUGAAAUUGCGGCCGGAAAUCAAGGUUUAAUUGCUAUUCCAUUGCCGCCCAAUGUUGUCAAAUUCAACUAUUUUGGUAAAGGCAAUGGUAAUAUUGGUACUGGUUAUAAAAGCAAUUUAAAUGACAAUUAUUCUGGCAAGAAAAAGUAUUCACAAGCGCAACCUUUAUUACCUCAAACUCAUCAAAGCAAAAGCUAUUCAAGUUUCACUCCAAUUAAAUCAUCAUCAUCUUACAGUGUUCAAAAUAGUGUCAACAAAUUGAAUGGUAAAAACUGUAACCGUCAUCAUCACCAUCAUCAUCUAGCACAAGACGAUUCAUAUGCUUCAGCAUCAUCAGCUUCUGGUGAAGCCGCUGUAGCAGCAACCAUUGACUCUGCCUCAUCAUAA